AUGGCCACCUACCGCAAGCUGCAAGUGUUCACCAAGACGACUGACUUCAAGCAGGCAGUGAAACUGGUGGAGGCGCCUCUCGUGGAGCCCGCCGCUGACCGAAUUCGCGUCAAGCAGCUCUACGCUGGAGUUAAUGCUACCGACAUCAACAUCACCGCCGCUCGCUACUUUACCGAUGGAAAGCUUCCCUUUGACAUCGGCCUCGAAGGCCUGGGCCUGGUGGACGCCAUCGGAGCGGACAUUCCCGCUGGCAAGUUCAAAGUAGGCCAGGCAGUGCUGGUUUCAGAUCGCGCCAACGCGCAGGGCUUCAGCGAGUACGUGUACAAGGCGCCAGAGGCGCUGAUCCCCGUGCCCUCCGCCGAUCCAAAGUACCUGGUCAGUCUGGUGAACGGCCUGACUGCCGCCAUUGCCCUGGACAAGGCUGGCCGCGUGCAGAAGGGCGACAAGGUGCUGGUGACCGCUGCCGCCGGCGGCACCGGUCAGAUUGUGGUUCAGUGGGCCAAGCAGAGGGGCGCCUACGUGAUCGGGCUGACGUCGACCUCGGCGAAGGCGGAGUACCUGAAGACCAUCGGCGCCGACUACGUCAUCAACUACCGAGAGCAGGACCUCGACAAGGUGCUCACAGAGCAGUUUCCCGAGGGCGUGGACGUCAUUUGGGAGACGAUUG